AUGAACGAGUGGUCGCAGCCGCGCGAGCGAGCAGAGUGGACUCACCCUCGCCGCGCUGCCAAGGAGAUCAUCAGCUACCUGUCACAAGUCGAGACAGUCAUCGACCAGUACGCCCAGGAUGACCACAGCUAUGGGGGGGCCGACGACGAUGACGACGACGACGACGUCGGUCGCGAGCAGCUGAUGGACAACAUCCUCGAGGAGCUCAAGCACCAGACCGCCAGCAUCAUGGAGGACCGCCAAGGCAGCGUGGUGGCGGAGAAGAUGGCCCGGCGGCUCUCCCCGCUGCAGCUCCGCACCAUGCUCGGCCGGUGCCGCGGGUACAUGCUCAGCCUGGCAAACAAUCGCUACUCCUCGCACGUCCUGCAGACUCUCCUCAGCGUCGCCGGGCAGGUCGUUGAGGACGAGAUCUCUGGAGACGACGACGCUGACGAAGAAGAAGACGCAGCACAGCACUACGAGGAAGACCCGGGCACCGCAGCCGUAAGCGACGGCAGCAAGAAGAUCGACAAGAUGCAAGAUAUCCUGCUCUCCUUGGUCUCUGAGCUGUCCGGCGCGUGGGCGGAGCUCUUCGCCGACAUCAGCGGCAGCCACGUGGGGCGGGGGUUCCUCCAGGUGCUCGGGGGCAUGCCUGUCCUCUCCGAGAAGCGCGGGCGUCAGUCCCGACACGCCCAUUCCAUCGGCACAGCCGUAGGCCCGGCGAGGAUGGGUGGGCGCAGCAACAACAACAACCACGGCAACGGCUCCUCGGUAGGCGCCGAGGGCAAAUCUUCCGCCUCGCCAGCAGUUGACCCCGAGGCCCUCGAGAAGUGGUCCACGCCCUACAAGCACCGCGUCCCGCGAUCCUUUGUCGCGGCACUUGGGGAGGUAACCUCGGAGCUCGAGGCGUUGCCAGCGAGCGAGCUGCAGACUCUGGCGUGCGGGACGUUUGGGUGCCCGCUGCUGGUGAUGCUGCUCAGGGUCCACGGCAACCUGGCGACGGCGUCGUCUGCUGCUGAGACGAUGGUGCUGCCGUGCCUGGAGCACGAGUCGAUGGCGAUGAAAAUCGUGAAGAAGGUGCUCGAGUGGGACGACCAGGAGCGUAGCGCGCAGGUGGUGUACGCCAUCUCCGGGGAGAACACCGCGAGUCAUUUUCUCGAGGCGGUGCUGUGGCUGUCACCGAGAAGCUUCUUCGAGGAGCUGUACCACCGGUGCUUUGAGAGCAAGCUCCUGGAGUUUUGCGAGCACGGCGUGUCUAACUUCUUGAUCCAGGCAGCGCUGCAGCGGGCAGACGACAAGGCCUUAGCCGAGAAGAUGGUGGAGGCCAUCAGCGACAACGCCUCCGAACUGCUCAAGGCACGCCGGGCGGGGGUGCUGUGGAGGGCCGCGCAGGCUUGCGUCCGCUUGCGGCUCAAGCCCAAGACGCAGGCCAAGAUCCUCCAGGACAUCGCGCUCGCGGUGCAGGCAGGGCACACGGGGAGCGCACCCCCACCGACACCAACUGACGAGAGCAACCCCAAGGCAGAACAGGACAAAGCGGCUGCGUCGGAUUCUCCUCCUUCCAUCGCGGACGCGUUCAAGGCGGCCCGCACUUGGGUCCCCGCUUUGCUGAGCCCCCGUCUUCCCGGGGAGGGGGGGCUAGACCGCCUGUUCCUCAACGUCCCCGGGGCACGCAUCAUGCAGAACGCCUUGCUGUUCGACCCUCCAGUGGCGGCCCCCGUGCUCAAGGCAGUGGCUGCGUUGCCGGACGAUGUUCUCGCCGCCGUUGCGCGCGACAACAUGGGCAGCCGCUGUCUCCUGGACCCCAUUCUGGAAGCGGCAGGGGCGAGAGGUGGGGGUGGGGGUAAGGGCGGGGGCAAGAACAAGCCCGCGGAGGAGGCGAGGAGGGCUAUCCUGAGGGCGUUCAAGGGGCACUUGGUGGCCAUGGCGUGCGAUCGCGUGGCCUGGCAUAUCCUCCUCAAGUGUUUCCGGGGAGUGGACAUGAAGGAAAAGAGGUGGGGAGCAGGCAUGGUCCCCCAUGUCCGGCUACCCGUCGGGGCGGUCCGUCCUCACGGAAUGCAUGGUCGAGCGGUUCUCGCGGUCGCCUCACGAGUGGGAGGACGCCUUCAAGAACAGGGACAAUCGUGCCAAGAUGCUCACGGAGAUCCUCGCAGUCGAGUCGGCAUCUACGACAUCUACGAAGAAGGGGACAUCCGGGAAGAGCAGCGGGGGAACUUCUUCCGCCAGCGCUAG